GUAUGGCCAAACAGAUUGCGCUCAAAAGAGUCCUGUGAUAAUAUCAAUACUUGAACAUCGACUAAUGGAGUAUCGAUUACUUGGGAUCAGAAUCGACGUUUGACGACUUCGAUUUUCCAAAGUUUUUGUUGAAAUCAAAAUUAGUAAUUUUUUGCUUUUUCACGUUUCAUUCCUUCAGCAAAAUUUUCAAUCAAUUUGUGUAGAUUGUGUAUGAGCAUUAGCUAAUACAGUAUUAUACAAGAUGUUUCUUACUCGCUCAGAAUACGAUCGAGGAGUCAACACAUUCUCUCCUGAAGGUCGUCUAUUUCAGGUUGAGUAUGCGAUCGAGGCUAUCAAGCUGGGCUCAACAGCUAUUGGCAUCUGCACUGCUGAAGGCGUCGUUUUGGCCGUAGAGAAGAGGAUCACAUCUCCACUCAUGGAGCCCACAACUAUUGAAAAGAUUGUCGAAGUCGACAAGCAUAUUGCAUGUGCUGUAAGUGGUUUGAUGGCUGACUCCCGAACAAUGGUUGACAGAGCCAGAUUAGAAUGCCAAAACCAUUGGUUUGUUUACGAUGAAAAGAUGAGCGUUGAGUCCGUGGCGCAGUCUGUUUCCAAUCUAGCUAUUCGCUUCGGAGACUCAGAUGAGGAUGGUAGUGCUAUGAGCCGACCGUUUGGCGUGGCCAUCCUGUUCGCUGGUAUCGACGAGAAAGGUCCUCAGCUGUUCCACAUGGACCCAUCCGGCACUUUUGUGCAGUUUGACGCGAAAGCCAUCGGCUCCGGCAGCGAAGGAGCUCAACAGAGUCUCCAGGAAGUCUAUCACAAGUCGAUGACAUUGAAAGAGGCUAUCAAUCAAGUAUUAACCAUUUUGAAGCAAGUGAUGGAAGAAAAGUUGAAUUCGUUCAACGUAGAAGUUGUCACCGUUACUCCCGAAAAGAAAUUCCACAUGUUCACUAAGGAAGAAGUGGAAGAGGCGUUGGCCCAAGUUGUUCCACUUGUGAAGGAUGAUCCAUUGCCAAGCUCCAGUGGAAGUGCCACAAAAGUGAAAUAAGCUACAGAACAUUUAAUUUAUGUAUUCAUUUCAUUAACUCAAUAUUCUUCGUUUUGCAAAUUAAACUUUUAAAAUGA